ACAUGCACUACACCUCCUAGCUUGCACUGCGUCGACAGCAGUCUUGUAUUGGUUCUCCAAGAUGGCGUCGUUGGGAAGGAGGCGCGGUGUCCCAGUCAACAGGGAGAGGGGAGUAAUGGCGGCAACGGACUGCUACAUCGUUCACGAGAUCUACAACGGGGAGAAUGCGCAGGACCAGUUUGAGUACGAGCUGGAGCAGGCACUGGAGGCCCAGUACAAGUACAUUGUGAUCGAGCCCACGCGCAUUGGCGACGAGACGGCCCGCUGGAUCGCUGUGGGCAACUGCCUGCACAAGACGGCCGUCCUGUCGGGCACCGCCUGCCUCCUGACGCCGCUCUCGCUGCCACCUGAGUACUCGCGCUACGUGGCACUGCCCGCUGGUGCCCUCAGCGUGGCCUGCUCCGCCCUCUACGGAAUCUCCUGGCAGUUCGAUCCCUGCUGCAAGUACCAGGUGGAGUACGACAGCCAAAAACUCUCGCGGCUGCCCCUGCACACACUCACCUCCUCCACGCCAGUGGUGCUGGUGCGCAGGGACGACAUCCACAGAAAGAGACUCCACAACACGAUAGCGCUGGCCGCCCUGGCCUACUGCGCCAAGAAGAUCUACGAACUCUACGUGGUAUGAGCAUACUCUGAAGAGGGUUAAAAAAAUAAAAGAAAAGAAAAAAAAUAACGGGAAAAGAAAGAAUCCGCCAAGUGGAAGCCAUGUGCUGAAUCGAGGGUUUGCCCCUAACCACCCCCCCCCCCCCACCUGCGCGGGCGCUUACUUUUGGGCUGUUUGAUGGAUCAGAGGGAUAUAGUUCAAACUAGAAGGAAUUAUUUUUCCCUUAUUUUCUUUACUUGUAAGUGACAUCACCAGUGCACUUAUCCAUAUGGGUACCCUUGCGCCUCUUCCCCAUCCCAGUACCCCUCUCAAUACACUAAGUUAGGGCACAAGGGUAGCUAAGUAAAAAUAAAUAGACUGAAUUGUGUUGCAGUUGAAACGGACAGGCUUAAGUAUUACCAACAUGUCUAUUCCUUGUAGUUUUACUGUACCCCUUUCUUGCUGAUCAGUAUGUCACCCUUUCAUUAAACAUUAGGAUAUUUCAAACCUC